CUGGGGAGGGGAGGGAGGGAGGGGAUAAUAAACUGACCGCUUUGAACAGACAGCUUGGCUUUCACAGGAGCAGCGCACAGACUGUAAAAGGCGAGGUCUCUGUUUCCUGCCCUGCGAGGGAGCUGCAUUUCUGGGGUAGCGCUGAGUGACAGCCGGGCUGAAGGAUGCAGAAGGACAAGGAGAAAUACAGAGACAUCGAUGAGGAUGCGAUCCUGAAGGGGAUGAGCGCGGAGGAGCUGGAACAGCUGGAAUGUGAGCUGCAGGAGAUGGAUCCUGAGAAUGCCAUGCUACCAGCGGGCAUGCGCCAACGUGACCAGACCAAAAAGAGCCCGACCGGUCCGUUUAACCGCGAGGCUCUGCUGGGUCACCUGGAGAAGCAGGCGCUGGAGCUGGCGGACAGGGAGGACCUGGUGCCCUUCACCAAGGAGAAGAAAGGGAAGGCGUUCAUCCCGAAGCAGGUGAAGAGGGAGAUCCCGCAGGAUGAGCAGAUCACCCUGGAGCCUGAGCUGGAGGAGGCUCUGAAGAACGCCAGCGACGCAGAGAUGUGUGACAUUGCAGCUAUUUUGGGGAUGUACACGCUGAUGAGCAACAAGCAGUACUACGACGCGCUGACCAGUGGAAACAUCGCCAACACAGAGGGGAUCAACAGCGUUGUUAAACCUGACGCCUACAAGUUGUACCCCGACGAACCCCCGAACCCCACCAACGUGGAAGAGAGCCUGAAGCGAAUCCAAGACGACGACAGCAGCCUGACGGACGUCAAUCUGAACAACAUCAAGGACAUUCCCAUCCCCACGCUGAAGGACGUCUUUGACGCCAUGAAGAGCAACACGUCUGUCAGGUCCCUGAGUAUCGCCGCCACUCGCAGCAACGACCCCGUAGCGCAUGCUGCAGCAGAGAUGUUGAGAGAAAACAAAUCCCUCCAGAGUCUUAAUAUCGAGUCGAACUUCAUGACUGGGGAGGGGAUGACGGACAUCGUCAGCGCUCUGAAGGAGAACACCACCCUGACAGAGAUCAAGAUCAACAACCAGCGCCAGAUGCUCGGGGACUCUGUGGAAAUGGAGAUCGCAGACAUGCUGGAAAAAAACACGUCCAUCAUUAAGAUUGGGUAUCAUUUCACUCAGCAAGGGCCACGCGCUCGAGCUGCCAUGGCCAUCACCAGGAAUAAUGACCUCCUCCGUCAAAAGAGAGUGGGGUGAUCUGCCGUGUGACGUUCGACGGGUGAUGUACCCCCUUCCCUCCCACCUCCCACCUCCCACCUCCCCUCUCCCCUUAUGAAAAGCACAAUGCCUUCUCCAGAAAGGACACUGCUGGGUGUAUAGCUUUUAAAAAGCAACUUGAAAUGAUACCGAAGCAUCACAGCCAUCUUCACUCCUAUUCUUCUGCUCGGAUCACUUUGUUUCACUAAAAAAAAAAAAAAAGAGUCUUCUCUCUACGUGCCCCAUAUACAGUAGAUGCCGCUUAUUAACAAGCUCUCGGUUCCCAGCAAAAAGUUUUUAUUAACUGAAAGUUACCAAUAAACGACAAGCCCUCGUUUUCAAGUGUAUUUAUAUAGAACAAUGAUAUAUACUGUAGUUGUACAAAUAUGACACUGAAAUACAUGUUUGAAAUGUUACAGAGUUAAAUUAACAUGAACACCCAAACAUAGAACUGUGUACUAAAACAAAACCGGAAGUAAGCUUAAAUCAAACUACACAACGAUGUACUACAACUAUCCUUACAACGACUGAAGCAAACGCAUGCAAAAAUAUGUGUUGUACUUUCAAAUCAAUUCUAAAGAACACACUUUUAAAAUAAGAAACUGUUCAAAGUUGUCUGUCUUUUUUUUUUUCUGACGUACCACCUCCUGCUGUAAAUCCAUCUCAAUUUUGCGGCCAGUUUCAAAGCCGCGAUUCUGCCUCGGUCCUCCAGAAAUACGCGUUUGCGAAGUCAGUGUGUUUUAAAAGCUGCAUGAAUCACACGCGUGCGUUCUGCAGCAGAGUGAUAAGCAGAGUGCACUGGCUAAUAUCAGAAUCCCAUUAACGUUAAAGUCUGUGGGACGGGAUUGCUUCCUGGGGAAAUGCUAAUAAAGCUGUCUUUAUCAGGGUUGCUAAUAAGCUGCAUCUAAUGUACAUCUCAAAAUCCAAAAUGAAAUACUACUGUACUAUUUUUUAGCGACAUCAUUUUGUAGUUUUCUUUUGAUUACACGAUGCUAAAUAAAAAGAUCUAAAUUGUU